AUGCGUCACCGUCGCCUCACAGAUGGCACCACUACAUUCAGCGUGUCGGGAAUAGCCACCCGGGUGCCAUCGUACCGCUUGAGUGUGCUGGUGCCCGACUCCAACUCCCCUUAUGCAAGCAUUUUAACCGACUUCCCAGAGCUCACGUCACCAUCUAAUGAUCUUCGCCCCGUCAAGCACGGCAUUUAUCACCACAUCGAAACCACAGGACCUCCUGUUUUCGCUCGGCCCAGACGCCUGGCACCGGAGAAGCAAAAAAAUGCCCGAGCCGAGUUUAAACACAUGUUGGAGCUUGGGAUCGCCCGCCCGUCUUCCAGCUCACUGGCGUCUCCUCUCCACAUGGUGCCCAAGAAGAGGGGAGACUGGAGGCCCUGUGGGGACUAUCGUGCGCUCAAUCGCGUCAUCCUCCCGGAUCGUUAUCCCAUACCUCAUAUCCACGAUUUCGCCUCACUCCACGGCUGCUCGCUAUUUUCCAAGAUCGACUUUGUAAAAGCGUAUCAUCAGAUCCCCAUGCACCCCGACAGCGUUGCGAAGACCGCCAUACAACACCCUGCGGCAUUUGCGAGCACUUCCCCUGAAGAACAUCGCCAGCACCUCCACCAACUUAUCACUCGCCUGCAAGAAUACGGACUGAUCAUCAAUCCCAGUAAAUGCUUGUUUGACGUUGAAGAGCUGGAAUUUCUAGGCCACCUCAUCAACAAGAGUGCAGGAGAUCGAUGGCGUGUGGACACCACUUGCAUUCUUUUCGAAGCCUUGCGGCCACUGGAGCGCAACUCCAGCACUUUCGGCCGCGAGCUGCUGGCUAUUUACCUUGCCAUAGGACAUUUCCGGUAUUUCCUUGAAGGCCGCAUCUUUCACGUGGUCACCGAUCACAGGCCUCUCACGCAUUCCAUCCACUCAAGUCACCCAACGCUCAGUCCACGUGAAAUCCGUCAGCUCGCCUUCGUCACCGAAUUCACCACCGACCUCCGGCACAUUAGCGGAACCCUCAACGCUGCCACAGACGCUUUGUCACGCAUUCAUGUUUCCGCGGCGCUCUCAGUCGGUGAACGGAUAGACUUCGACACCAUGGGUCAAGCGCAAGGCAACGACGCCGAGCUCGCGUCUCUCCGCUCCUCCCCUGGUCCCCUCUCUUGGAACGACGUCGUACUCCCCAACUUGACUAUACCACUUUCCUGCGACGUUUUUACUGGCACCCCCGCCCGCAUUGGCGCCACCCAGCAGCUAGUCACUGCCCGUUUCCUCUGGCCCAGAAUUAACCCCGACAUCCGACAGUGGGCGCGCUCAUGCCUGCAAUGUCAGCGAGCGAAGAUCACCCGUCACGUCACUCUACCGCCCAAGACCUUCUCAUCGCCCGGCAGUCGUUUCGAGCUCGUGCAUGUGGACAUUGUCGGUCCAUUGUCCCCGUCACGAGGUUUCCGGUAUUUGUUGAAGUGCAUCGACCGCUACAUCCGCUGGCCAGAGGCUCAACCUAUACCCGAUAUCACCGCAAACACUGUCGCCCGCGCCUUCCUCUCAACCUGGGUCGCCCGUUUCGGCGCCCUGGCUGUCAUCACAACCGACAGAGGACGGCAAUUCGAGUCGCAGACCUUUAAAGACCUUCUGUGCUUCCUCGGCUGCAAACGAAUUCGUACAACGGCAUACCACCCUUCGAGCAACGGCCUCGUGGAACGACUCCACCGGCAGAUUAAGACCGCUCUGCGUUGCCGCCCCGACCCCACCGCAUGGGCCCACACCCUGCUUGGGCUCCGCACAGCCGUGAAAACUGACUUGCAAUGCUCACCGGCGGAGUUAGUCUACGGCACUGCCCUUCGUCUUCCUGGCAAAUUCUUCCUUUUCCCGACCCACCAUCCUCCCGUACAAUCCUCCCUCGGCAACGUCCGGGAGAUAUUCCGGCACAUUCAGCCCACACCAGCACGCCUACCCUGCUCCACCCUUUCAUCCCCUUUCAUCUUUAGGGAUCUCGCUGACUCGUCACACGUCUUCGUACGGACCCACGCCACCCGCACUCCUCUCCAUCCACCAUACCAGGGCCCAUACAAGAUCUUCAACCGAACGGACCGCCACUUCACCCUGGACUUGAACGGUCGUCAGGACACUGUUUCUGUGGAGCGGCUCAAGCCCGCCUAUCUCGACCCGCACCAUAUAAUCCUUCCGCCGGCUUCCCUCAUCGCCCCCACUCACCCUCCGCGGCUCCCCCCCUCCCCCCCGCAUGGUCCGUGGACAACACCUCUUGUCUACAGGGGAGGGAUAGUAGUGUAG